GGCUUCAUUCUGCGCCUGUGCUGAAUUCCAGCUGCGAGUGCUGAGGGAUAAGAUGACGCCCAGGUUGGGCUCCCGGGGCCGCCGGCCGAGGAGACGCCCGCAUUGCACACGCGCAGAUCGCGGCCCCGCGUCCGGAGACCAGCAGAGCGCUCGCUGCUCGCAUCCUGCGCGCCCAGCCGCCGGGCGUGCGGCUCAGCGGUGCCUCCCGCCAGGCGGGAGCUGGCGCGCCCACGUCGAAAGAACGAUGCCCCGGGAGAUCAUCACCUUGCAGCUGGGCCAGUGCGGCAACCAGAUUGGGUUCGAGUUCUGGAAGCAACUGUGCGCCGAGCAUGGCAUCAGUCCCGAGGGCAUCGUGGAGGAGUUCGCCACCGAGGGCACUGACCGCAAGGAUGUCUUUUUCUACCAGGCAGAUGAUGAGCACUACAUCCCCCGGGCAGUGCUGCUGGACCUGGAGCCUCGGGUGAUCCACUCCAUCCUCAACUCCCCUUAUGCCAAGCUCUACAACCCGGAGAACAUCUACCUGUCAGAGCAUGGAGGAGGAGCUGGCAACAACUGGGCCAGCGGAUUCUCCCAGGGUGAGAAAAUCCACGAAGACAUCUUUGACAUCAUAGACAGAGAAGCAGAUGGAAGUGACAGUCUAGAGUCCCAGAACCGCCCCAGAGUGAUAAAGGGCUUCGUGCUGUGUCACUCCAUCGCUGGGGGUACGGGUUCUGGCCUGGGCUCCUACCUCCUGGAGCGACUGAACGACAGGUACCCCAAGAAGCUGGUACAGACAUACUCAGUGUUUCCCUACCAGGAAGAAAUGAGUGACGUGGUAGUCCAGCCCUACAACUCACUCCUUACGCUCAAGAGGCUGACCCAGAAUGCAGACUGUGUGGUGGUGCUGGACAACACGGCCCUGAACCGCAUUGCCACAGACCGCCUGCACAUCCAGAACCCAUCCUUCUCCCAGAUCAACCAGCUGGUGUCCACCAUCAUGUCGGCCAGUACCACCACCCUUCGCUACCCUGGCUACAUGAACAACGACCUCAUCGGCCUCAUCGCCUCGCUCAUUCCCACGCCUCGGCUUCACUUCCUCAUGACUGGCUACACGCCCCUCACCACAGACCAGUCGGUGACCAGUGUGAGGAAGACCACGGUCCUGGAUGUCAUGAGGCGGCUGCUGCAGCCCAAGAACGUGAUGGUGUCCACAGGCCGGGACCGCCAGACCAACCACUGCUACAUUGCCAUUCUCAACAUCAUCCAGGGAGAGGUGGACCCCACCCAGGUCCACAAGAGCCUGCAGAGGAUCCGGGAGCGGAAGUUGGCCAACUUCAUCCCCUGGGGUCCAGCCAGCAUCCAGGUGGCCCUGUCCAGGAAGUCUCCCUACCUGCCCUCAGCCCACCGGGUCAGUGGGCUCAUGAUGGCCAACCACACCAGCAUCUCCUCGCUUUUUGAAAGUUCCUGCCAGCAAUUCGACAAGCUACGGAAGCGUGAUGCCUUCCUGGAGCAGUUCCGCAAGGAGGACAUGUUCAAAGACAACUUUGAUGAGAUGGACAGGUCCAGGGAGGUUGUGCAGGAGCUCAUUGAUGAGUACCACGCGGCCACACAGCCAGACUACAUCUCCUGGGGCACCCAGGAGCAGUGAGAUCCGCCCCCCACUGCUCCCCCUGGAGACGAAGCACAGCUUUCACCAUGCUGGUCCCUCUGACCCAACUGCACCUCGUGGACAACCUCUCUUGGUUCAUCUUCAAGCCUGUGACCUGGUCCUUCUCCCUCUAUCCUGUGUCCUAGCCCCUAAUAUGCUUGCUCAGCUCUAAUAAAGCGAUAAAGCUUGCCUGUCAA